UAAAACAAGUUACAAUACCUCACUUAAAAGUUACUUGUAAGUUAGUUUUGUCUCAAGUGUAUUAAGCUAUUUGCAUCAGAAACUAGACCCAAAAUACUUGGUGAGGUUUUGUUUUAUUGCAGUGAAGGAAAUGAGGUCAUAGUCUGAACCCCAGAAAAAAAUGUGCUUAUCUCCAUUUGGUGACCAACAUGUUGUUUUACCAUGUAGACGCCUCGAUUUAGCAACUCUGUCAUUAUUUUACAACUUCCUGUAGCCUAGUGACAACAUCUGAGUCCUGAGUGGACGGUGGGUUGGACCUUUUCCUGAAACUAAGUAGGAUAUGGAAGCAGCAGCUGUCAGAUAUCACAGAUAUGCUACUUAAUAAGGAGCAGUUUCCGACAGCUUCCGUUAUCAGAAUUAGGUGUGAAGAAUGCAUAAAGCCGGAGUUCAAAUUCCCAGCAUUCCUCGGCGUCAGGCUCAAGUAUAAAGGAGCAGCUGGUGGAGCCCAGCAUCCGAACAGCAGCCGAGUCAAAGGCCAACGAGUGGAGAUAUGAACGGCAGCAUCUCUCAGAGAAAUAUGUUUCUAUCUUCCAUCCCUCUCUGCGGUCUGCUCCUCAUCUUCAACCUGGAGCCAAGCAGCACUUACCCCGUCAGCACCGGCUUCACUGACACCGAUAUGGACAUCCUGAAGGUGCUGCUUCAGAAACUGGAGGAGUCGGUUUCAGAGCAGACUGCGGUGGACGAAGGAGUCACUGAGGAGGACGGCCGCGCUAACAGGAUGAACAUGGAGGACACGUCCAGCGAGCGGCAGCCUCAAACCGACCUGGAUGAGGAGCAAAUCAGAGAAUUCCUCUCCGCCAAGAACCUGAAGAGCGUCCGCAACGACUCGUCCAAGAGGUCUUCCGGCUGCUUCGGGCGCCGCAUGGACAGGAUAGGCUCCAUGAGCUCCCUGGGCUGCAACACGAUUGGCAGAUACAAUCCAAAGCAAAGGUGAAGUCUUACCGUCCAACUGAUGCUGCUCCAAAGUCUGUACCAAAACCUGUUUCCUUUUAAAUGUUAUUUAUUGAAUAAUAUUUACUGUUUAUUUCUCUUGCCAAUAUUUAAAGAGUAUUUAUUGAAAAUAGAUGUGAUGUUGUUCCUUCUGUACUGUUGAAUGUCUAAUAAAUGUUUACAUCAUCAGAAAUGUGUUAGUGUUGUC